AUGGACGUCCGAAAGCAGAGGCCUCCUAACUUGGAGCCUACCUGGAAUGACCCUUUCCGACCUUACGACCAUGAUGGACACCCCAAGACCGCCUUCCGUGUUGCCCGCUCUCCUGGCCUCGCCCCCUCUCCCCUGACCCCCACUGGUUUUCCGAUGCUCAUGGACCACUCUGGCUCCGAGUAUGAUCGAGCAGUGGUUCAGAAGCUCGAUCCUCGGGGCAGACCAACGCCGGUGGACGACAAGCUUGUCGACCCAAGACCGCCGUCGGCUGAGGGAACAUGUUUGACUGCUGGACUGCGGGGUUUCACCGUUGCAACUCCAACCGACCCGAAGAUACCCGACAAGGCGGCUGCCUUACUCAACAGGAAUACCCUGCCCAAGCCGCCCACGCUCCUGUCAGAAACAAGAUCCAUCCUCCUCGCGGGCCUCUCAGACUCCAAAGUGAGCGCUCUUGUCUCCCCUGUCACGAGAGGACCUCCCGUUGCCAGCGCGCCCAUCCCAGUGCCCCGUCGUGAUGCAUUCCAGACCCGUCAGCAGCUACGAGCUUGGGGCCACGUCUACCUUGGUAACGCGGUCAAGGCCGACGUAUUCGUGACGCCGGUUGCUCUGCGGGACCGGAAACCCAGCUCCUCCGAGAGCGGUGACAUACGCCAUCCGAUCAGCCCCGACGUGUUGACCGUUCGCGCCAGGGUGAGGCCGCGCUCCCUGCAGCGCAAGCCCUUCGUCAUCCAGCGCAACUUCAACGUCGCCGAGCUGCGAGCCACCCUGCCCGAGCCGGCAGCCAGCUUGCCGGACCGCACGCAGCGCCGACAUUCGGUUCAGCUGCCCCCGCGUGCUCCGCCGCACAGCACACGCCGACGUCCGUCAGUGGCUAGUAUUUCUGUUCCGCCUGGCGUCCUGCCUAGCGUGGAGAUGGGACGGGCCAUGCUCCGUGGCAGCGACAAUACCGUGCCUAUCCAUCUCGAAUAUGCCCGGAUGCACCUCCCCAUCCUUGCCGCCUUGAUGAUGUCGGGCCACAUCGACAAGGGCGACAUCAUCGACCUCCCCCUUCCGCGACCAGAAGCUUGGGUACAGACAGUUGCUUAUGUGUACACUGGCCAGGGAGAGGUUACAGAAGCUAUCAAGCAGAACAUCAGGCACCUGGCAGGCAGUGUUUGA